GUUCGUUCAUUCCUUCGUUUCGAUUCGCGCGGUUGCACUCGAGAGGCUGGGGCUGGUCGACAAGAAGGGGGCGCCCGAUCGAGGCGCAGCAGGAGAGGCAGGAGGGCGACGACCGCGGGAGGAGUUGGUCGAGCGAUGGAACAGGUGGCACCGUCUGGAGCGCCGUGCCUGCAUCAGCAGCUGCCGAGGGAGGGCUGGAAGAAGAAGAAGACGUUGCGGGACGCGGGGUCGGGCGAAUUUUGAACGCGCGAUCCGGCGGAGCGUCCCGAGGGAUUGUUGCGGUGCGCGCUGCGGGGAAUUGGGCCUCGAGCUAUGGCGCUCUUGCCGUGCUCCCGAUGGCGCUUCGGGGCCGCGGUUGCGGCUCCGGGGCUGGGCGGGGGAGCCCGAUUUCGGAGUUCGGUCGUCGGUCCGAGCUUUGGCGCCGCUCGUUCUCGUCGUGGAUUGCGGAUUUUCGCCCAGGCUCCUGCAAAAGCUUCCUCCGCAUCGCAGGAGCAGGCCGAGAACCGGACCGAAGAUGCGGGGAGCUCGUUUCUCAGAAUGUGGGAGCGUGCGCAGCAGCGCAGAGAUGCUAAUGAUUAUGACAAGAACCCUGCCGAGAGUACGAUUGCGGACUCUGGAGCUGAGGACUGGGGGCGUCGGGACGAGGCUUUCAAGCAGAUGCUGCAGGUGCCGAGUGAAGAGAGAGAUAGGAUCCAGAGGAGGCAGAUUGUAGAUCGCGCCGCUGCAGCUUUAGCUGCGGCCAACGCAUUCUUGGCUCAGUAUCCCGUGAGUGCUCCCAAACAAUCAGUGCCCACCAAAAAGGCUCAAAUUCCGACCAAAUCGAAUGGGACCAAAGUUGUGCCGGUUUCAGUCGUGGAAGUGCGACCUCAGAAGUUGAGCGGCCCGAGAGCAGCCAUUGAUGCGACUCCUGGCGUUACUCCAGCGACGAACUCAACCUUCGAAGGCACUCCCGGCCCAGAUUUUUGGUCCUGGGUUCCAGAACCUCGAGAUGCCGAGAGCCAAAGACUACCUCCAUCGCUCAAGUCAAAAAGCUUCGACCCGAUUCCUCAAUUAUCUGCAAAGGAACAGACUGGACCAACUUCUGUUUUACCAUGGGAGGAUUAUGAAGAAAGAGGUCGUGAAGAUUUACCUCUCAUAUGUCAAAGCAGAGCGGUGCCUUCGCUACCGCCCUUCCAGUCCCUUGUGGAGAUCGAGAAGGAAGAAUUAGAGGCAGCAGAGCAAGAGUCAGUGGUUGCACCACAACCUGACUUGAGAAUGCCCGAUGCGGACACAGAAAUUGCCUCUGCGGUGAAUGAGAAACAACGCGAUAGUGAGAGCUCAACAAGAGGAAUUCACGAAGAUGGAUCCAGAUGGUGGCAGGAAACUGGGGUGGAGUACAGAGAAAAUGGUAUUGUGUGCAACUGGACCGUAAUUAGAGGUGUCAGUGCCGAUGAGGGAACGGAGUGGGAAGAGAAGUUUUGGGAAGCGUCCGACGCCUUUGACUACAAGGAGCUUGGAGCAGAGAAGUCGGGUCGUGACUCUUCUGGCAGAGUCUGGCAUGAGUUUUGGAAGGAAGCAAUGUGGCAGGACUUGAACAAUGGUCUACAGCACAUAGAGAAAACAGCGGAUAAGUGGGCACAGGACGGAUCUGGUGGGCAAUGGCAUGAGAAAUGGUAUGAGCACUAUGAUGCUUCUGGUCGCGCUGACAAAUGGGCCGACAAGUGGAGUCAGAUAGACCCAGACACACCUCUGGAACCUGGACACGCCCAUUCUUGGCAUGAGAGGUGGGGUGAAACUUAUGAUGGCGAAGGUGGAACGAUGAAGUACACCGACAAAUGGGCCGAGAGGCAAGAGGAGUGUGGUGGCUGGACGAAAUGGGGCGACAAGUGGGAUGAACACUUCGAUCAAAGUGGUCACGGAGUGAAACAGGGAGAGUCAUGGUGGCAAGGCACGAGUGGGGAUAAAUGGAACCGGACUUGGGGGGAGGGGCAUAAUAGAAGUGGCUGGGUCCACAAGUACGGCAAGAGCAGCAGUGGAGAACAUUGGGACACACACGAGCAGGAGGAUACUUUUUACAACGGCAAACCACAUUUUGGUUUCCGGGAAUGCUUUGACAAUUCUGUUGAACUUAGGCGCGUCGGCGAGAGAAAGAGACCGCAGCUGUAAUCGGGCUCAAAUGGGGGUAUUAGAAAAACAUUUGAAUUAGUGACUAUCACAGGAAUCUCGAUUGGAGGUCAGAAUACGCAGUUCCUCGAUGCAUAGCUGGCUACACCAUAAGGGCUGCUUUCUAGCAUUGAAGUCGAUUCAGGCCACACCAAUCCACUUCGUCGGAGUAGGAACUUUUGGCGGUGAGUGAUUCAGUUCCGUCAAUGUAAACAUUCUUUGGAGCUUGCACAUUAGUGGUGAGGAUUUGGCCCAUGAUACUGUAUGGCCGGGUUCGGAUACAGAGUAACAACACUGGUGUUCAGCCUGGGUCCAAGCACCUUUCAUUUAAUCUAUGAGAAGUCAACAAAUUUAACUUUCUGUAAAAGGCGCUCACGUCUUAAAGGUAACGUGUUAACGUCCAAAGAAGGCCGAUCCUCUUCCCAUCCCAGAACACUUCAUAUGUGUUCCUUCCUUUCUUCCUAUAACAUAACUCCGUACCUGACUUGUGAGGUCGGACCUUCUUGCCUCAUGGGAAAGUCUAGACAGCGGUGUUCUGCGUCCUCGAGGUUAGACUUGUGUGGGGUACGUGGGGGAACUCGGCACUUAUUAUGUUGAUCCAGAUUCACCAUUGAUUUUGGAAGGCAGCUUACAUACACCUCAUCGCACCUAAACAUCGCACCUAAACAUCGUAAGCAGCGUGGGAUCAUCGAGGUGCCUCAAGAGUCUCACAGAUUAGAAUGAGAGCUGACAUUAUUGUCGUGGACUCGUGGACUAUAUUGCAUACCAACUUCCCAGUUCACGCGGUGGCUAUCGUGUACUUUCCUGUCACCUAAUUUUUGUUACUUGAAAGUAGAUAUCACCAGCCAAUACAAUGCGACGGUACCUGUUAUUGUCCUACGGCCGCAGAUAGGUUUCUGAGCGGUCGAUGAAGUAGUGCAGAGGAGUUGGGAAGAAGCAUAGUUUCUACUGAUUCGGACAAUUUGAGGUCACUCUGGCAAGGGAACAUUCUACUUGGCAACUCUGAAAUACUUACGGGACAAGCUGAAUUAACAAAUUUCAUGGGAGAGGAAGGAUCUAACUCCCACCAGUUGACGAGGUUCGUUCCAAGUUACCCCAAGCCACAUCACCCGCUACGAUGAUUGUAGCCGCAACAAAGAUUCAGCCCUUAGGUUCUGCAGGUAAACCCCAAAAAUCCGGCCCAUUACACGACAGAGGAUCAGGAUCACUCCUUAGAGCUCAAACUUGACAAAUUGAGAGUAAACCUGCAGUCGGCCAUUAGUUACAAUUCGGUCACGUUGUACGUCGGGUGAAAGGCACGCUGGCCGUGGCAGUGUGCAUCGUAUGGUCUGCAUGAAUUAGGAUUUGGGAAUAAUGGAAAGUCUAGAACGACUGCACCAGUUAGGCAGCGACCAGGCCGAUGGGCAAGGCUAAAUUUCACGGAAAGGGAUACAGCCCACCACAGACACAACCGGACGUGCUUCAGCUGCCCAGUCCUCACCGUAAUUUCGUUGUUGCUGGCCUCGAUUAUCCGCGUUGUUCGACGGCAGGAACGAGAAGCUCGCCUCGUGAUCGAACCCGCUCUGUAGCAUCAUUCUGGAGUAGGAGGAACUCUUAUUUUUUGAGGCAUCUGAGAUUCAGAUAACGACAGAGAAGAGAGAGAAGAGAUCUUCGUCCAUAACAAGGAGAUCAAUGGCGGAGAGAAAGAAGUGUGGCCUGUGUGCCAAAUGGAACAGACUUUCCGCCACAGUGUGACCUUGUUGCUUACACGGGCAUUGCUCCGGGCAUUGCUCUCCGGGUUAUGACGAACUGCUGCAUCGUUCCGUGACACCAUCUCGUGAAAUACGCCCCUGUGCGAGGUUUAGGCAUACUUAGAAGGCUAGGCAGGGAGUUGUUUUUCUUAUUUAUUGAAAGCUUGUUCGGGUCUACGUAGGAUGGAUAUGCGCAGAUACAUAGUUCCAAUUUGGAUAUUAAGUUAUACACAUCAAUGAAUCCGGAGGAUGUUUGCAACUUGAUAAUGAGAAGAACUCGAGUGUUUGAUCGUUGCCAGAGUUUUCAAUACUUGUGAUUGUUGUCACCAUUUAUAUAGUAGUUUUCAUGCUUCUGC